UUUCUCGUUCUUGACUUUUUUCUUUAUUGAUCCUGUCGCUUCCGUAUCCUCGUGUCUGUUUGCCAGCGGGAUUCUUGCUUCUUGUGUUGUUUCCGCCCAUCCGAAUUGUUCUACUCCGACUCCUAGAAUAAGAAAACAUAAUGCACGCCGAUGGACUCCACGACGCCAAAGGGCCGGUUUCGGAGCCGCCGUGGAACUUGGAGUUUCGCUCCUCCAAGCGGUUUGUGAUCUCGGUCGUGUCGAUCGCGGUCUUUACGGAUGUUUUUAUCUAUGGCAUGAUCGUUCCGAUCCUUCCGGUAGUCUUGCAAACGCGUGUGAUAGUGCCGGACGACGAGUUGCAGAAAUGGAUGUCGAUCUUGCUGGCUGCGUUUGGUGGCGCGCUGUUUGUUGGUUCUCCCAUUUUUGGUUACUUCGCCGAUAAGAGCACCUCCCGACAAGGACCCUUCAUUAUCGGCCUGGCAGCAUUGGGUGGCUCGACCGUGAUGUUCUGGAUCGCGUCGACGUUGACGGCCUUGGUAAUCGCGCGGGCCCUACAGGGUCUCUCUGCGGCGGUGGUGUGGACAGUGGGGAUGGCCCUUGUGGUGGACACAGUGGGAAAGGACCAGGUUGGCGCUGCAAUGGGGUAUGUCUCCAUGGCGAUGACAGUGGGAACGGUCUUUGGGCCAUUCAUCGGUGGUAUUAUGCUAUCGCGGCUGGGAUACCAUGCCGUGUUUGUCAUGGCUAUUGGACUCGUUGUUCUGGACAUCCUCCUUCGUCUCUUUAUGAUUGAGCAGAAGACGGCGUCAAAGUGGGCCCAACCAGGUGUAAACGAAACGGAGAGCUUGCUGGAUGCAGCACCUGGGGAUGGUAUCCACUAUGGGACUGCAAGAUCAGUUUCAUCGGAUCAGUCAUCCGAGGAUUGCACUCAAUUGCUAGUAGAUAACAUUGGAGAAUCUGCCUCGAGUGGACGGGUAUCAUCCAUGCCCGUCAUGGUGCGUCUCAUUUGCUCUCGAAGAGUUCUUGUUGCUCUGGGGGCGACUGUUGUUGAAGCCAUGAUGUACUCAUCCUUUGACACGGUUCUUCCGUUGUACGUCAUGCGAACAUUCAAAUGGGGCCCUAUGUUGAUAGGCUUCUGUUUUCUGCCCCUAUUCGCCCCAUCAUUUUCCUCGCCCCAAGUUGGCGCUGCCGUCGACCGCUGUGGUCCUCGACUCAUUGCAUUCCUGGGCUUCUCCCUCGGUUGUCCAGUUUUCCUGCUUCUGCGUCUGAUCACAGAAAACACCGCUCAUGAUCAGAUUCUUCUUUACAUCUUUCUAUUCAUUGCUGGUAUCGCCACGACCAUGCAAAUGGUCGCUUUGAUGACCGAAGUCGACCAUUUUGUCGAGGGCGAGGAGAAAGCGCACCCCGGUAUAUUCGGAAAGCAAGGCGCGAUGGCGCAAGCGUACGGGCUUUUCAACGUCGCCUGGUCGGGAGGCCAGGUGCUGGGACCUUUGGUUGCGGGACUGCUCAUGGAUUUGGGCGGGUGGUCAACUAUGACCUGCGCUUUUGGCGUCAUGAGCGCAGCGACGGCGAUUGUCAUUGCUUUAACGGACCGGACUAUUCUCCAGGCUUUGGGGUUAGUAGACAAUCAGUAGUCUUAUGGUUAUGGACGAGGCCGAUCAGAAAAAGGGUUUUGUUUCUGGAUAAUGAGUGAUGAUUUAUGUCGGUGAUGAAGUAGCGUUCUUGUUUUCAUAUGCUUCGAGCGCGCUGACUCAUGAUGAAGACACGAGGGUUGUUUAGUUCUUGCUGUGCAGGGAAAAGUCCAUUCAAUUGCAAAUUUGCGGGAUCAUG